AUGAUUUCUUUCCUGUUAUUAAUCUGGUUAUUAAUUCUUUACUCCCUGAAACGACUCCUUUCCUUAAGGCGCCUCCCCCCUGGACCUCUCAGACUUCCCCUUGUUGGAGGCAUGUGGCGGUUUGGGGUCAAGCUCUCUCAUGACACCUUCCUUAAGCUGGCAAAGCAAUAUGGAAACCUUUACACGAUAUGGAUUGGGUACAAACCUGCCAUCAUUCUCUCUGGAUUCCGUGCAGUGAAAGAAUGCCUGUCCGGCUACGCAGAAGAGUUCGUUGACAGACCUGUGACUCCUUUCCUUGAAAUGACAGGGAAAAACAGAGGUAUCGUAAUUUCCAACGGUCACACCUGGAAGCAGCAGAGAAGGUUUGCUGUAGGCACCAUGAGGAAGCUGGGACUGGGGAAGAAAGGCACAGAGAACGAAAUCGCAGAAGAAGCCCGUGAGCUUGUGGAGAUCUUUACACAUGCUAAGGGGCAACCGCUGGACCCUUUGUUACCCAUCACGAAUUCAGUCUGCAAUGUGGUGUGUGCAGUGGCCUUCGGACACCGGUUUUCCUUGGAAGAUGAAGAAUUCCUGAAAUUGAUCGAUGCUGUUCAGAUUGCCGUGACCUUCGGAGGGAGCUUCUUCCACGGACUCUAUGAAAUUUUCCCAUUCAUCAUGAAACAUCUCCCCGGGCCUCACAAUACAGCGAUCUCUGCUAUACAGACUGUGAUUACAUUUGCGAAUAAGGAGAUUGAAAGACAUAAGAAGAAUCAAAAUAUGCAUGAUCCACAGGAUUUCAUUGAUUUCUAUCUACUACAGAUGGAAAAGGAGCAGAGCAAGAAUGACCCGACUUCCACCUAUAAUGAAGCCAACCUGGCUCAGUGCAUCCUGGACCUCUUUGUGGCAGGAACAGAGACGACCGCCACGACUCUGCAAUGGGCACUGCUCCUCUUGAUGGCUCACCCAGAUGUCCAAGAAAAGGUCUACAAGGAGAUAGAAGAUGUAUUUGGUUCGUCUCACACCAUCUGCUACCAAGAUCGGAAGAAAUUGCCCUACACCAAUGCCGUGAUUCAUGAGAUUCAGCGUGCAAAAUAUAUCUUACUAUUUGGGCUUCCCAGGCAAAGUACAGCAGAUGUGGGCAUGUGUGACUUCCACAUCCCAAAGGGAUCCAUUAUUGUUCCAGACCUGCAGUCUGUCCUUCUUGACCCUGUGCAUUGGGAGACCCCUCAAGAGUUCAACCCAAAUCACUUUUUGGACAAGGAUGGGAAUUUUGUGAAUAGAGAAGAAUUUCUUCCAUUUGGUGCAGGAGCUCGUGUGUGUCCAGGGGAGCAGCUGGCGAGGAUUGAGCUCUUCAUCUUCUUGACCAGCCUGAUCAGGACCUUCAGGUUUCAGCUGCCCAAAGGAGUGAAAAAAAUCAAUAAGAAACCCGUAGUAGGGUUGACCAUGCAUCCCCAUCCUUACAAGAUCUGUGUAGUUCCCCGCCACAGUACGUCAUAA